CCUGAAAGAAAUUCAAUGGAAAUCCAAUCACUUCCACUCCAUGCACCACCAUGCAUCGGGCGGGCCGAGAUCGACACAGCCCGUCCGUUCCGGUCUGUAAAAGAGGCUGUAACCAUUUUUGGUGAACGUAUCCUAGGGGCCCAAAAGUCUAACAUUGCUACUUCUUCUAAUUCUUCUACUGCUGCUGCUGUUGCUGCUGCUUCUUCUUCUUCUCCUCCUGUUGUUGCUACUGCUUUUUCUUCUUACUCUUAUUCGCCGUCCUCGUCCCAUUUCAAACAAGAGAACGAACAUGAACAUAAGUUGAUAGAUAUACUACAAAAGUUGGAGGCUGAGCUGGAGGAGACGAAGCGAGAGUUAAAGUCACUAAAGGAAAGGGAGUCUGAGACCGAGGUUGCAUUAGCAUCGUUGAAUGCGGAACUUCACAAGAACAUGUCUAAGAUGGCCGAGGCUGAGGCGGCGGCUGCAUCGAGAGCGGUGGCUAAGAGUGGUGAAGAGAAGAAAAAGGAAAGAGGAGUGAAGUCAGAUCACUCACCUUGUUUAGCUCAAAUACUUAGAAUUGGAGAGAAGGAAGAAUAUUUUGAGAUAACAAAGGAACAAAGAAAGAUGAUGAAGAAAAAGCCCAUCAUUCCUCUCAUUGGAGACAUGUUUGCAAAGAAGAAAAGCUCCAUGUCUCUUUACAAUCCUGCUCCCUACAAACACUCUCAAGCUUAUGCAAGCUAGGGUGGAAACUAGGCUGGGCCGUGUUGGGCCCCCAUGGCCU